GACCUGCUAGCAGAGGGAGUGGGAAGGCUGGAGCAUGAAACAGGAGAAUGGGAUUCGGAGACAGGUGUGGAGACAAAGAACCAGAAGGAAGGGAGUAGGCAGGGGGAGAGCGUGAUCCCGGGAGACAGGGACCAGACAACAGGCAGAGACUAGACAACCCAGACGGAGGAGCCGCGAGAAGCCGACGGAGAGACGGAUAGAAAUUGGAAAGACCUCCAUUUAGAGUCGAGAGAGAAGUGGCGGCCGAGGCAGUCACGAGGACAGGUGUGAAGACAGAGCUCGAGGGCGCUUGGGUGCCUCCGCAGAAAGAACCAUAAGACCCCGCCGCCAUGUUCCCGGAGCCCCCAACACCCGGGCCUCCAGCGCCGGACACGCCUCCAGACUCGAGUCGCAUCAGCCACGGUCCUGUGCCCCCCUGGGCCCUGGCCACAAUCGUGCUGGUCUCAGGCCUCCUCGUCUUCAGCUGCUGUUUCUGUCUCUACCGGAAGCGUUGUCGGAGGCGGAUGGGCAAGAAGAGCCAGGCCCAAGCCCAGAUCCACCUUCAGGAAGUGAAGGAGCUGGGCCGGAGUUACAUAGACAAGGUGCAACCAGAAGUGGAGGAGCUGGAGCCGGCACCAUCUGGGCCAGGGCAGCAGGUGGCAGAGAAGCACGAACUAGGACGACUGCAGUACUCACUGGAUUAUGAUUUCCAGAGUGGCCAGCUGCUUGUGGGCAUCCUGCAAGCUGAAGGAUUGGCAGCCUUGGAUCUAGGUGGCUCUUCUGACCCCUACGUGCGGGUUUACCUGCUGCCAGACAAACGGAGGCGUCAUGAGACCAGGGUGCAUCGGCAGACUCUGAACCCUCACUUUGGGGAGAACUUUGCUUUCAAGAUCCCCUACGUGGAGCUGGGGGGCAGGGUACUGGUCAUGGCGGUGUACGACUUCGACCGCUUCUCCCGCAACGACGUCAUCGGGGAGGUACGGAUCCCCAUGAGCUCCGUGGACUUGGGGCGCCCAGUGCUGGCCUGGCGCGAGCUGCAGGCGGCUCCUAGGGAAGAGCAAGAGAAACUAGGCGACAUCUGCUUCUCUCUCCGCUAUGUUCCCACGGCCGGGAAGCUCACCGUCAUCGUUCUGGAGGCUAAAAACCUGAAGAAGAUGGAUGUAGGAGGGCUGUCAGAUCCAUAUGUCAAGGUCCACCUGCUGCAGGGCGGCAAAAAGGUGCGGAAGAAGAAAACGACCAUCAAGAAGAACACUCUGAACCCCUAUUACAACGAGGCCUUCAGCUUCGAGGUGCCCUGUGACCAGGUCCAGAAGGUCCAGGUGGAGCUGACUGUGCUGGACUACGACAAGCUGGGCAAGAACGAGGCCAUCGGGAGGGUGGCCGUAGGAGCCGCAGCCGGUGGGGCUGGCCUGCGGCACUGGGCGGACAUGCUGGCCAAUCCCCGGCGGCCCAUUGCCCAGUGGCACUCUCUGCGGCCCCCUGACAGAGUAAGGCCGCCACCAGCACCCUGAUCCCCACCCUCAAGCUCUGACCCCAGACUCCUGGCCCAAGCCACGCCCAUGCCCACCUUUAAGCCUUCUCUGAACGCUAACACCCCCACCCAUUCCUGCCUUCUCCCCCUCCAUUACUCCAAUCAUGAUAACUUGCCAACUCCCCAACCACGCAGAAGCCCCAGGGGCCCCUGGGGGAGGGGGGCAGUCUUCCCUCCCCGACUCCAGGGCCCCACCCUCUGCUUUGACAAUCAGUGACCCCAGCCUACUAUCCCCUUGACUCCCAAUGCCCUUUUCCCUGCAUAGGAUCACCCACUCCUGGCCCCAGUCUGAUCCCUGCACCAAUCCUGGGACCAAAUAAAUACUUAGCAACUUUG